AUGGGUCUGCUGACGAACAGAGUGGAGAGAAAUGAGAUCAAGCUAGGAGACCACAUCUACACCUACAGAGCCGUCUUUGCCUACUCUCACCACGGUAUUUAUCUGGGCGGAAGCAAGGUGGUCCAUUUUAGACCCAAGAGAAACUUGAACUCAAGCACUGAAUCAUCAUCUGAUGUUUAUGAUUCAAUGUCCUGUUCCACCACUCCUGACUGUGGAUUUCGGCAACCCAACAGUGGCGUUGUCCUCUCAUGCCUGGACUGCUUCCUCAAAAAUGGAUCCCUUUACUGCUUCGAAUAUGGGGUUAGCCCUUCGGUUUUCCUUGCAAAAGUACGGGGUGGCACAUGCACAACUGCAGCAUCCGACCCAUCAGAAACGGUUGUCCACCGCGCGAUGUAUCUUCUUCAAAAUGGAUUUGGCAACUACGAUAUAUUUCAAAACAACUGCGAGGACUUUGCUAUGUAUUGCAAAACCGGUCUCUUGAUAAUAGACAAGGAAGGCGUGGGAAGAAGUGGUCAAGCUUCUUCUGUUAUUGGCGCCCCAUUGGCAGCCAUUCUUUCUUCUCCUCUGAAGUUGUUGAUGCCCAGCUCGGUUGGUGUAGCUACCGUAACUGCUGGGAUGUACUGUAUGAGCAGGUAUGCAACUGACAUUGGUGUUCGAACUGAUGUGAUCAAGGUGGCCGUGGAGGAUUUGGCCGUGAACUUGGGUUGGGGCAGCGACCAUGAGGAGGAAAUAACUGAGGACGAUGAUUCCGAUUCCCUUAUUACACAAAUUACUGGGUAA